AUGCAACCCAUACUGUGGACUGUGUUACUCGGCUUGGCUGCUGGGCGCAGUGUAACCCUCCCCCGGUCUGCUUCCAAUGCCUCCUGCCGCGCCAUUCCUGGGGACGCUUCUUGGCCCUCGCUCGACAAAUGGUACGCCCUCAAUGAGACGGUUCACGGCCGAUUGAUUGCCACGACCCCCCUGCCCAGCGUCUGCCACAGCGAGCCGUUCGGUAACUACAACGCGGAUGUCUGCAGUGCCCUCAAGACCACAUGGCUGGACGAUACUACCUUUCUGGACCAUCCAGCAGAGGUCAUGAACCCUUACGUACAGAACUACACCUGUGUUCCGUUCACUCCAGCCUCUCAACCAUGCAUUUUAGGCAAUUAUGCCAGCUAUUCCAUUAAUGUCACCGGCGCCGACGAUGUGAUUGCUGGCGUUGCCUUCGCGCGAGAAAAUAACAUCCGGCUGGUAAUCAAGAAUACCGGUCAUGAUUUCAUGGGCAAAUCCACUGGAACAGGCGCCCUCUCCCUGUGGACGCACAACCUCAACACGACAGACAUCCUCCCCUCGUACUCGAGUGCCAACUACACCGGGCCAGCCGCCCGAUUGGGUGCCGGGGUGAUCAGCGGGCAAGUCUACUCCAUCCUCGGGGCAGCGGGCUAUCGCAUUCUGGGAGGGACAUGCCCCACCGUCGGGCUAGCCGGGGGCUACACCUCAGGGGGGGGACACUCGCUGCUCAACGGCGCCUACGGGAUGGGCGCCGACGCGGUGCUGGAAUGGGAGGUCAUCACCGCGCAGGGGGAGCACCUCGUCGCAACGCCGUACAACAAUGCCGACCUAUACUGGGCGCUCAGCGGUGGGGGUCCGGGGACCUUCGCCGUGGUGCUCAGCAUGACAACCAAGAUCUUCGUCGAUGGGCCCAUAGGCAGCGGCCUGCUGUUCUUCAACAUCUCUGCCACCAACCCAGAGCCCUACUGGUCCGCCAUCUCCGAUCUGUGGCAGUUCCUGCCCCAAUUCGUCGACGCUGGCCCCAACACGUGGGACUUCGCACUGACGGCCACCGGCUUCGAAGCCUACGCCAUCACCGUGCCAGACAGAAACGGCACACAAGUGCAGGAUCUGCUAAAGCCGUUUCUCGCCCGCCUUACCCAGCGGGACAUCCCCUACUCGUUCACGCCCACCACCUCCCCGAGCUACCACGACUACUUCGCCAGCCGGUUUGGCCCGGGCAUCGCCGGCGCCGGCCCCGCCACGGUGCAGUUAACAUCGCGCCUUAUCCCCCGCGCCGGGAUGCAGAGCAUCAUGCAGAACCAAGCCAUCGUCGCUGCCCUGCGCGCCGUUGUCGAGACCGACCCAGAUCUCUCGCUGGGAUGCCACGCCCUCAACGUGAAGGACAUCCCCCACCCAGACAACGCCGUCCUCCCCGCCUGGCGUGACGCUAUCGCUACGUGCAACAUCGUCAGCUACUGGGACUGGAAUGUAUCCCCACAACAAAUGCAGGCCCGGAAGGCGCAGCUGGUCGACACGCUGAUCCCGGGGCUGGAGCGGGCGACGCCCGGUGCGGGGACAUACCUGAAUGAGAUCGAUGCGCAGUGGCAGGGGGAUUGGGAGGUGGAGCUGUAUGGGAGGAAUUAUCCACGGUUGCUUGAGGUCAAGGAGAAGUAUGAUCCAGCGCAUGUGUUUUAUGCAAAGACGGCGGUGGGGAGUGCUGCGUGGGAGGUCGAUUCCAAAGGGAGGCUGUGUAGAGUUUAG